ACAACUCUGAACGCACGAGCAAAAGACUACGACACGGAUACAGUGUGCAUGUGAUCGAUUGAGAUGGGCUCCUAUCCUAGGCGGUAGCAAGUAAGAAAGGGAGGAUUUGAAAAUGUCGAUAACACAAGAAGAUUAUGGUCAUACCAAGGAUGGCCGCCUGGUGGUAGAGUACACCCUGAAGAAUGAAAAUGGAAUGGUGGUCAAAAUCAUCAACUUUGGUGCAGCUGUCACAUCCAUUCUGAUUCCUGAUAAAAAAGGAAAUGUUGACGAUGUCGUACUGGGAUACAAGAACUUUGAAGGUUAUGAAACGGAUGCCUUCUACCUAGGGAUCAUCGUUGGUCGACAUGCGAAUAGAAUUGCCAAAGGAAAGUUCACAAUUGAUGGGCAGGAUUACCAGCUUGAAACAAACAAUGGACCGAACCACAACCAUGGAGGGUUCAAGGGCUUUGGAUUGAUGCUGUGGAAUGCUUCAGUAGAAGGAACGUCUCUCAAACUGACGCACAUUAGCCCAGACGGUGAACAGGGGUACCCCGGCCAGCUUACCACCGAGGUCGUUUAUCAACUGACCAAUGAAAACUCUCUCGAUAUUAGUUUUUCGGCCGUCACGACCAAAGCAACGCCAAUCAACCUCACUAAUCAUUCUUACUUCAACCUGGCAGGGCAUAGCGGUGGAACAAUUUAUCAACACAAAGUCAGUAUAGAUGCCGAUAGCUACAUUCCUGUAGACGACACACUCAUUCCACUGGGUCAACUGGAAUCUGUGAAGGACACAGUGUUUGAUUUGAGAGACCCUAUUCCUCUCAUUGAUCGUAUCCAUGAUGCACCGGGCGGAGGUUAUGACAACAGUUUCUGUCUCAACUCACCAGGGAUGAGCCAUCCUUCAGCAAAGGUGUACCAUCCUGAGACUGGCCGUUCCUUGGAACUCUUUACCACACAGCCCGGGAUUCAUUUCUACACAGCUAACUUCCUGGAUGGUACCCUAGCAGCUAAGCAAGGAGCAAGCUAUAUGAAGCACAACGGUUUCUGUCUUGAGUCGGGGAACUACCCUGAUGCUAUUAAUCAACCAAGUUUUCCUUGUGCUAUUCUGAAGCCAGGAGAGACGUACCAACAUGCAACCUCUUUCAAAUUUUCCUGGGAGUAGAAAGUACAUUUCCCUGAAAAUAUUGAUAAAUCAUCAAAGAGUUGUGGACAAAUUGUUUCUUAAUUUUCAUGAUUAUACUGCGAUAUUGCUGUCUCUUGACUAAAGGGCAACAUUGCCUCCAGAUUUGGGCAAGAGCAGAAGUCUCUUGCGAAGCAGCAAUCUAGCGAGAGAUCAGUUGCGAGAGAGCCAUUACGCUAUCACAACGACAAGCGUUUAAUGACUUGUAUAGUCUUAGUUCAUCACUGAAUAGAUAACACUGGAAAUUAUUUCACAACCAGUUGGCUGAGAACAGUCACAACAGUCAACCCUCGUUAUAAAAAGUUAUUAUAACGAGAUUCUGUUUGUAGAGAGGUCAUUCUAAAGUUUUUAAUCUCAUGUUUCUUUCUUUUGCUGUCCUCUUUUAAGAACGUUCCUGUUAUAAAGAAGUUAUUGUGGCUGGCUCUGGUGUGCCCCACUUAAUUUUCUUGAAGUUUAUUUGCUGGGUUUGUCCUGAAUACAAAGUAUUGGUACCUGGUAAGACAAUAUUUUUGGCUGAAUCGAAAUGAAUUCAUGCUGUGGCAUUAUGUCACGGCAGAACAUAAUCAUGCUGUCUCUUGUGUCAAUUAGUCUGAGAAUAAAAUAGCAAUAAACAACAGGGUGACUGACUGGGUAAAUAGGAAAAAACUUUUUUGGGGGAAAAUGAUUCGAUCUUGAAACCUCAAGGUUUACCUGCAAUGGCUCUGCCAUUCUCUAGAUAGCUAUGCUGGUACAGCGUUGGCACAUAAAUAUGGAGGUCACAAGGUCAAAUCCCAUACUAAUAUUUUUUUUUUUUUUUUCAACCACCCCCAAAACGAUUCAUUCAUGACUUAAUGUUUUUUUGAAAACAGUCAACAUUUUAAUUGGAUACAAUCACAAGAUUUCCAUCACCACAAUUUUAUUUUAUAAUAAAACUCAGUGAAUUUUACGUCAACAUUAAUAUUCAAAAAUACCAUUUGCUUGUUGGGCCUUUAUCAAUGUAUGUACACACUUGUGUAUUUGAUUCCAUCUACAUAGUACUAAUAAUACCAUUACCGGUAAGUGUAGUACUGAAGGCACUUGAACAAACAGAGACAAUAUAUAAUUAAAGGGGCACGUUGCCUACAGGUUGGGUGCUUUGCGCUGAAAAAAAAACUUUAAAAAAAAACUUUAAAAAAAAUGAUUGUUUUGCAAUCAUAAUAGUUUGAGAAAGGUAUGUUAAAAGUAGAAUAUAAUGAUUCAAAUUAGUAUCCCUUGGCAUUUUUUAGUUUGUUGGUAAUUUUAUGUAAGAACAUGGUGUGCUAUUUGGUGUAACUAAAUUCUCGACUCCACAAAAUUAUGGGGCAUAUGUUUCACAGAGUAAAUUUCAGGAGACAGGUUUCACAUCUAUUCAAACACCACUUACUUAUUGAAAAACUUUGUAAAUGUUUUCCGCACAAACAAAAGGAUUUAAGCAAUUCCAAACAGCAACAUUUUGAGAGAUUUUAAGACAAUGUGCCACUUUAAGUCCAGGUUGUGCAAAAUUAAUCUCAUUCUAUCUCUAUCUAUCUUCAAAUCAGUACAUCCCUCCAGAGGAGCAGUGGAGACAUUCCAACUUGACCUACUCUAACAACGAUUUAUUAUUUGGUAAAGCUACAGUGUCACUUUUUUCCUUCAAAAUAUUAUAUGGAAAGGUUUACGGUCACGAACUCCAUGUAAUGACUAUCUCAACUGAGAUAUUGUCAACAAAUUAAAUAUUUUUGUAUAAGAUUUUUAUAUGUUUUUUAUUUUUUUUCUACAAGAUAUGAUAACAAACUUGCCAAUUAUAAUCAUAUUGAUUGAAGUUAACUUAAAACAAAAAUAGAUAUGAAAAAGUAAAAUUGAUCGAGUUUACCAACUGUUACCUGUGCCUUGUCUACAUGAUGUUUUGCUUAUAUUAAAAUUAAAAAAAUUAAAAAUAAAACAAAUAAAAUAAAAGAAAAACUUUUACAUGUAAAGGAUUUUCAUAUUUUAACAUCUUAUUGACACCUGCUCAUAAAAAUACCUCAACUUAAUAUUUCUGAGUUUGGUUUCUGUCCGAGUCCAGUGAUAAUUUAAAAAUGUAUAUACUUAUAUAUUAAAAAUAUAUUUUCAACAGCCACGGUACUUUUAUAUUCUUUCAUUAAACAAAACUUACAAUACUUUUGUUAUUUCAUGUGUGUAGUGGGUUCUAAACAUUUAUUACGCUAAAAUGUUGCCAAUUAUAAACACAGCUUUACUUUGUCAGGGCAAGAAGUUAGUUUUGUAUUAUUUUCUGAUUAAAUAUAAAUAUUUGAAGGAA